AGGGGACGACCGCUUUCUCAAGUAUCAGAGGCUGCAGCACAGCCAAGGCUUACAGCCAAGAUUUCAUAAGUUCAAAUGUAUUCAAUGAGCGGGCUGUAAGGCUUACAGCCAAGGCCAACAACAACGACAAGGAGCUAUAUUUCUGGGUCCUUAGCACAUCAGAGACGUAUGAAUCUAUCUGGGAUGCAAUUGUGUAUGAAGACACCUACAAACAAACGGUGCAGAGUGAGUUCCUCUCGUUAGCACCGUUCAAAGCUGUCAGCCCGGUAAUUAUAGACACUUGGUGCUCUUACUUGAAUAAUAUGGAGAAGCUGAAGGCACCAGAUACAGCAUCAAGACUCUUUUUUUCCACAAGGCCAUGCGCACAAUCAUUGAUAGACAGCCCUGCAGGGUGGGAUGAAGAGAGGCGAUUUGCUUCUUUUUGGACCAUCCUUUUUGAGGAAGCACUUGGAGCUGGAUACAACAAAUGGGAGAAACACGAUAUGUUCUUCUUCCCAAUUUGGGGUGAGAGACAUCAAUAUGUGGUUUGUUUUGAUGUGCCGGAUGGCAAGAUGAACUUUAUAGAGCACACCCUGGCAGAACCGCACGCAUUGUUCGCCGACAAAUAUAGGAACACACCCGAUGUGCCGCAAACCAAUCUAAGGCAACGAAGUAUUGGAAAGAUAAACCUGCAAAGUUCAAUUUCGAACAGUGGGUCGAGAAUUAUGGGUUGUAGUGCGUGAUGGUUUCGGGUAUAUGUUGAGGGGGCCUACUGACUGUAUUGAUUCCUUGGGUGACUUUGCACUUUAGAUAUUUUUACAACCUUGAAUACACUGAACAAUGUUUUUGAGAAUAGUGUUUAUGACUUUGAUAUUGCGAACAUU